AUGGCACUGCAGCGGGGAUUCGGGAGCGCCGGCCUCGCAAGUGAGCCCGAGUGCAUUCGCAGCCUUCUCAGCCCUCUACCUCUUCCCCCCCCGCCCCACCCCACUCCUCACUCUGCCGCCCAGCAGCAGUCGGCCCCCGAGGGCUUCUCCCCGCACGACCACGACGAGGGCGGAGGCCGCUAUGCGGCGCUCGUCGUGCUCUCUGUGGCGUGCGUCCUCGGCCUGCUGCUCGCCUCCGCCGCGUUCUACUGCGCGCGAGGCAGCGGCGGCGCCGGAGUCGCGGCCGGGGUCUGGGGCGGCGCGCGGGCCAAGCGCCGCUCCGAGUACACGAGCCUCGACGCGGAGCCCGGCGCGCACGCCACCGCCGACUACCAGGAGCUGUGCCGCCAGCGAGUGGCGUCCCGCUCGUGCGAGCGCGCCGAGCCGCUGCUGCGGCCGCAGGCGGCGCACGUGUCGCGCGUCAGCAGCGUCUCGUCCCAGCACAGCGACCCGGGGGUCGCCGGGGUCGCCGGGGUCACCGCCGCCGCUGCCCUGAGCCCCUCGCCCAGGAGCAGCGUCUCAUCGUGGAGCGAGGAGCCCGCGUCCUCCAGCCUCGACAUCACCACGGGACACAUGAUCCUCUCGUACAUGGAGGACCACCUGCGCAACAGGCACCGCCUGGAGCGCGAGUGGGUGGCGCUGUGCGCCUACCAGGCGGAGCCCAACGCGCGCUCCGUCGCCCAGCGGGCGCCCAACGCCGCCAAGAACCGCGACUCCAACGUGCUGCCCUACGACCAUGCCAGGGUCGUUCUCAAGACAGAAGGCAACAUCUCCGGUUCAGAUUAUAUCAAUGCCAGCCCCAUUAUGGACCACGACCCCCGCAACCCGGCAUACAUCGCCGCGCAGAGCCCCCUGGCCGAGACCGUCGCGGACUUUUGGCAGAUGGUGUGGGAGAGCAGCUGUGUGGUGAUCGUGAUGCUCUCUCCGCUGGAGGAGCAAGGGACGGAGCAGUGCUUCCGCUACUGGCCCGAGGACGGCUCCCGUCUCUAUCACAUCUACGAGGUGAACCUCGUUUCGGAGCACGUGUGGUGCGACGAUUUCCUGGUGCGCAGUCUCUACCUGAAGAACACCCAGACGGGGGAAACCCGCACGCUCACGCAGUUCCACUUCCUCACCUGGCCCGAGCACGGCGUGCCGCCCUCCGCCCGCUCGCUCCUCGACCUCCGCAGGAAAGUUAACAAGUGCUACCGGGGCCGAUCCUGUCCCGUCGUCAUGCACUGCAGCAACGGUUCUGGCCGGACUGGAACGUACAUCCUGAUCGACAUGGUGUUGAACCGCAUGACUAAAGGAACAAAGGAGAUUGACAUCGCCGCAUCCCUGGAGCACGUCCGAGACCAGCGGCCAAGGAUGGUCGAAACCAAGGAGCAGUUCGCCUUCGCGCUCACUGCCGUGGCCGAGGAGGUGAACGCGAUUCUCAAGUCCCUGCAGAAGUGACGGUGCCAGCGGCUGCCUUGGACAGAGAGCGGCCGCUGUCGCCGCCCAGGCGAUCCACGGCCUUCGGGCCGGGGACAGGCGCGGAAGGCAGCGAAACAACAAAAAAGAGGAGACAGCAGCCGCUGCCGCACGCUGCUGCUGCCACGGCAUCACAUCACACGCUCGUCAAUCUCACUCGGCGUCACAUCACGCGCACGCCAAUCCCACUCGGCGUCACGUCACACGCUCGCCAAUCCCACUCGGCGUCACAUCACACGCUCGCCAAUCUCACUCGACGUCACAUCACACGCUCGCCAAUCUCACUCGGUGUCACAUCACGCGCACGCCAAUCCCACUCGGCGUCACGUCACACGCUCGCCAAUCCCACUGGGCGUCACAUCACACGCUCGCCAAUCUCACUGGGCGUCACAUCACACGCUCGCCAAUCUCACUCGGCGUCACAUCACACGCUCGCCAAUCUCACUCGACGUCACAUCACACGCUCGCCAAUCUCACUCGGUGUCACAUCACACGCUCGCCAAUCUCACACGGCGUCACAUCACACGCUCGCCAAUCUCACUUGAC